AGAGGUUAGUGCUAAAUGACAUUAGUGCCACCCCUUAAACUUAUUGCCGACACUCUAUUAACUUACCCUAUAUCUAUUUAGAAAUUGAACUGGUCGUUAAAUUAUAAAUACAUUACUUUAAAAAACUAAAUAUUCUUUAACAGGCGAUGCAAAGAAUAACCUAGCUGAACUUGAAAAAUGUGCUGAGUCUAUUGAUGAGCAUCAAAUAAAAGAGAUGGAAAUAGAACUUGAAAAUUGUACUGGAUUAAGUUUUGAAUGUUCAGAAAAAGCGGAUAGUGAAUGUGUUGAUAAAACUGAUGUUUUUGAUUGGGUGGUUUGUGCUGGCAUGAUUGAAAAACUUGUUUCUAGCUUUAAGGAAUGUAGUCAACUUUUAACAAAACUUAAAACAGAUUCUGAACCAAACCCAAUAUCAUUUUUAGUAGAAACUUCACAUAUUAUAAAUUUAAUUAAAAAUGAAUCUACACAAUAUUUGUUGACAACAGAAGAAGUUUUGAAUAACUUAUUAGCUAAUGAUGCAAUUGAAUCUGAAAAUAUUUCCAAUAGUAUACCUGAACAUGAUCCUGGAAAGAGAGAAAUUGUAAAAUCCUCAGCUCAAAGAAAGUAUCUUUUAAGCCUUGGACCUAACCAACCUAAAUUGGUUAAAUAUCCAAAAAACGUUGAUAUUUCAUCUGACAAACAAUGCCAGUUUACUUCAAUAUGGUUCAAUGAAUUUCCACAUUUAGAAUACAGCAUUCAAAAAGACGCAGCAUUUUGUUUUAUUUGUUCUCUAUUUCCCAAUGGACCAGAUAGAGUUUUUUCCGAUAUGGCAUGGGUUCGAAGUUGGCAUCAAAUGAAAAGUAGAGGUAAAAAAAAACAGGGUAAACUUAAACAACAUUAUUCUUCAAAAUCACAUAACUCAGCACUUAUUGAUUUUCGAAAUUUUUUGACUUCAUCCAACCAUAUUGACUGUAUUCUCAACAAGGUAAACAGAGAAGAAGCAAUUGAAAUAGAACAUAAAAAAUUGUAUCAUAAAGAAGUGAUUACUAUAUUAUUAGAUAUUACUCGUACUCUAGCACGUCAAGGUCUUGCAUUGCGCGGAGAUGCUGAUGAAGAAAAUAGUAAUUUUAAUCAAAUAGUUUUACUAAUAUCUUGA